AAUUUUUUAGAAUAACAGAGCUGAGUUUUGUGAAAACUUCUCACCUGUGAGACAAAACCGAGGGCGGUAAUGCCAUAACCAACCCUUGACCCGGAAGAGACUUUGUUGCGAUCAAACGAGCGACAGGUUUUCAUUCAAUAAGUGAAAACGUUUUGGAUAAUAAUUCAAAACGAAAAUAUUAAUUAAGGCGGGAUUGAAUAUCACGGAAAAUAUGUUCUACCAUAUUUCUUUGGAACAUGAAAUCUUACUACAUCCGAGGUAUUUUGGUCCUAAUCUCCUCAAUACCGUGAAGCAGAAGCUUUUCACAGAAGUGGAGGGUACCUGCACUGGCAAGUAUGGCUUCGUCAUUGCAGUUACCACCAUUGACAACAUCGGAGCAGGUGUAAUCCAGCCAGGCAGAGGGUUUGUCCUCUAUCCAGUCAAGUACAAGGCCAUUGUGUUCCGCCCCUUUAAAGGAGAAGUAGUGGAUGCUGUGGUCACUCAGGUUAACAAGGUUGGAUUGUUCACAGAAAUUGGUCCCAUGUCUUGCUUCAUCUCUCGCCAUUCCAUCCCCUCAGAAAUGGAGUUCGACCCUAAUUCCAAUCCACCUUGUUAUAAGACAGUCGAUGAGGACAUUGUAAUCCAGCAAGAUGAUGAGAUCCGACUGAAGAUUGUAGGAACAAGAGUGGACAAAAAUGACAUUUUUGCCAUUGGAUCUCUCAUGGACGACUAUCUGGGUCUUGUAAGCUGAUUUGCUCCGGAGGAAGACAUUUGGCAGGAAUCCUUUUGUUAAAAUUAAUAUUUUUCUACUCUGAUAUGGUAUCGGGGCAGAUGAUGAAGCCCCAUAACCACCUCAAUUUAUUAUUAUGUUCAGACUAAGUUUUUUUUUUUUUUUUGAAACUGUUGUAAGAGUUAAAACAAGUGUAGGACAUGAUUUCUAAUGGAGAAGUAACUUAGUUUCUUUCUCAUUCAUUUCCACAUAUUGCUUUUUUUGUAUGUGAAUGGUAAUAAAGCAUUUUAUUUGUUUUUA